AUGCGAUCCGAGUAUGAUGCCGCAGUACUGGACCCAGUCAGACGCGUGGCCUUGCUCAUGGCGGGGGAGCAGGCACUGGAUGCUGAUCUGUACUUCCUGCAGGAGGUGGAGGAGGGGCUGAUGGAGAGCCUGCGCGAAAUGAUACUGGACGCCGUCGUGUUGGAGCCAGGCGACACCGCGCCCUUUGCGCUGAGAGCACGCGCGCUGGACGAGACCGUGCUCGUCAAGAGGUUCUUGGAUUUGGAGACCGGACGGGCUUUCUGCGCGGCAGUCACGCACCUGUACUACCACCCUCGCCACCCCGACCUCAAAGUUCUCCAGGCGCACGCCGCCUGUGCGGCUGUGCGCGCCUUUGCAUCAGCCCAAGGUGGACCGCAGCCCAUCCUUCUGGCCGGCGACUUCAACUCCCUCGCCGAGAAGCGCGUGUCGGACGAGUUUGACGAGGUUCCGGAGGGCUGCAUCAAGGUCAGCGGCGUGUAUGAGCUGCUGAGUCAGGGGCGGGUGGCCCCCUCCAACUCAGACCACCCUGCCAGCCGCAACUCGCCGGCCGAGCUUGGGCGCCUGAGGGACGUGGAGUGGACCAGCACAGGGCUGAGCCUGGAAAGCGCGGCGGUGAGGGCCUGGGGGCGGGAGCCAAGCUUCACCAACCACACACCCUCCUUCACGGGGUGCCUGGACUACGUCUGGCUGAGCCGCGGGGAUUGGCAGGUGGUCGGCGCCAUGGCCAUGCCAGGCGGCUCAGAGGGCGGGGAGCCCAACCAGGCGACACCUGGAUACGGGCCGCUGCCCAGUGCCACGGAACCCUCUGAUCACGUGGCCCUGGGCUUCUGCUUGAGGCUGGGAGAGCACUGA